ACCUCCAUAUCAUCUUAUCUCACACGGGCGGGUCGCUUCAUGGUGUUGUGUACAUGUUGACACACUGCACAUCAGCCGGACAUUCACCACAGUGACCAAAGUGCUGCUACCAUGGCUUUCAACGCCUGCUUGAACAUCUUUGUGACUGUUUACUGCGUUGUGUGUCUGUACCCGGGGCUGCCCCAUGUUGAAGGAGGCAUUGACCAGGGCGAGGUAUUCUGGGAGUCGAAAAUAAUAUCAGACUUCCUCGUCAAUUCGGGCUACGUGAAGGAAGCGCGGCCUGUAAAAUCUGCCAACGCCUCCGUUGUCGUCACAAUCUAUCCCAUAUUCCUCAGCAUCGACAACAUAAAUGAAGCCGCCAACACUCUGACUACAAGGCUCAUCUUGUUCCAGCAAUGGACGGACAGCAGACUGACAUGGAAGCCAUCAGAGUAUGGAGGUGUGGCCAGCGUGAGACUCCCCUCGUUAAGGGUGUGGCUGCCGGAUAUAGUGCCUUAUAACACGGCACCAAGUACAGCCUCAGAUCCCCUGUAUGAAGAAACAGUUGACGUGUCGAAUGACGGCACCAUGAAAUGGGCACCAUUGAUCCUCGUGUCAUCACCAUGUCCCCUAGAUGUCACCAAUUUCCCAUUUGAUACCCAAUCCUGCACGAUCGUCUUUGGUUCUUGGAUGCACACAAGACAACACAUGGAUAUGAGGUUCUUCAAGGACGGAGCGAAAGAGAUGGAUAUUGACGCCUCAGACAGUUCCAUGGGCUUGCCAAUUGUUGAACAUCCGUAUUGGAACAUCAAAGACGACAAGGUGAAAGCCAAGCUGUCUUACGUAACGUAUGCGACGUAUGAAUUCACUAUACUAACCAUGACGGUGGAGGCGAAGAGGAAAGCUUCCUUCUUCAAGUACCUGGCCAUAGGGCCUGGAGCUCUCAUUGGCUUCCUGGUUCCCAUGAUGUUUUUACUGCCUGCCAGGUCCAAGGAAAAGAAUACGUUUGGUAUGCUGAUGAUCAUCGGGCUCAUUCUCCUCAUCUCGGUACUAGCUGAGGCCAUUCCCCUCAACCACAGCAGCACACCACGAGUAGGUCUCUUCUAUCUGAUCACACUCACGCUGAUUUGCUUUAGUAUGAUCCUCUCUAUAAUCGUCAGCAACCUCAGCGUCAGGGGCGCCAGACGCCGGCCCCUGCCACAGUGGCUACACCAGGCAUGUUUAAGCCGAAAUGGCCUACGGAGAAUUUUGUGUAUCGACAAGUACUCGCCCGUGGACAAUUUGUUCGCCGAAACUUUGCGGGAGACGGAGGACAUGUCUACGCAUGGGCAACCGGAAGUUCCGAGAGAGAGAGAAAUGGACAGCGUCCACACAAGUGAAAUGAAGGAUGUUUGCAAAUAUUUGAGAUACAUUUGUGGGAAAAUGUCGGCCGAAGACUCCUACAAAAACGUGAACCAGGACUGGGAGGAACUUGCACGGGUGGUGGACCGAGUCCUCUUCGUCAUAUUCUUCCUCCUGUACGCACUUAUGGCGGUGACCUUGUUGACAUAGGGGGUCCACGUGGAGAUGCACGCUUGCUGAAAGAAGGGUAUGGUUGUCCUGAAGACAGAGGUCAAUCAUGUCAAGCAGAGGUCAAUCAUGUCAAGCAGAGGUCAAUCAUGUCAAGCAGAGGUCAAUCAUGUCAAACAGAGGUCAAUCAUGUCAAGCAGAGGUCAAUCAUGUCAGGCAGAGAUGUCGCUUUUUAUCACCCGUCCAUCAAUAUAACGAAGGGAGAAGGGAAAACCAAGAAGAGGCUUCACAGACUUUUCCAAUGUAAGAAUCGAACACGGGCCUUCAGCGAAGAAGCCAGCACCUUUACCACGAGGCCAUCUAACCACCCCUUGGGAAAUUCAAGUUUCUGUUCAGUGAUCCAUUCAUAUCAUUUUCACCGCUAUUUGGCCUUUGCGCCCAAUGGUUUGUAUGUAACAGGGUAAAGGAGAAAAAAAUCAGUUGUGCGUUGCUAAUUGAAAAUAAAUAAACCAGACAUUUAACCAUUGUGAGUGGACAGAACACCUGAACUGUUUGAAUGAAUACAGGUAAUAAUAAUAAUCCUAAUAAUCAAAACAACCAUCAUCAUCAUAAUAAUAAUAAGUAAUUGGCAUGGAAGCUCAAUAAAGAUGUUUUUAAAAAUCCCAAACUAUCAAAAGGCACCAGUUCAUCACUACACCUAUCUAUGUGCCAAGUUUGUUGAAGAAAUAUGUGACAGUUUCCAAGAUCUGCUCAGGAAACGACAUCAUGCAUGGUCGGACAGAUAGACUGACGUUGUCCAUUCCACGCCAUAGAUGUGCAGUAAAUUUGAACCCGAUGCUAAACCCCAAUUUGCCCCACUGCGCCGACAUAUUGAAUUAAAUGAGUUCAAGUUUUGUACUGAAACGAUAAGAUACUGUAUUCAGCUUAACAUCCAUGUACAUGUCCAUUCCGUCAUCAUAAUGUUGUCUUCAUCUAUCACAGGGAUGUGUUUAAGACUUUGUCUAACAAAUAAUCAUAGUAUUAUCUUGCUUUCAUUGCAAUCUUUGGUUGAAAAUGUAAAACAAUGUUGUUUUUUAUGAAGUCAUAUAUUGGGCACAUUUGGUCAUUAAACAGAUAUAAACCU